AUGCAGCCUGCAGUUUCUCCAAGUGCUGGUCAACUCUGCGUUCGAAUGAACCAACUGGCGAAGAUGGCGAGGCGCUCGAACCGUGCCUCGUCCCGGUCCAGCCGAGAAAUGACCAAAUACUCCCGACACGUCGCCGUGUUCCGUCUGACAUUUUGCCUGCUUCUGCUGUCCACCGUGGCGGAGGCCGGGUUAUACACGACGUCCGAUCAAAUUGUUGCUAUAUCCCUGGACAAUUACAAGUCUGUUUUGGUCAACUCUAGCUCUGCUAUUGUGGUGGAGUUCUACGCAUCGUGGUGUGGACAUUGCAUCGCCUUCUCGCCAGUUUAUAAACGACUGGCGAGAGACAUUAAAGAGUGGAAGCCUGCUGUUGAUUUGGCAGCCAUCGACUGUGCUGAUGAGAAUAACAGGAAGGUCUGCUCAAACUUCAGUAUCACUGGAUAUCCAACCUUGAAGUUCUUCCAUGCCUUUGGCCGGAAGGAUUCUACUGGACAGCGUAUUAAAGGUGUACUCCAUGAUGUCCAAGCACUCCGUCAUGAAAUCAUAGAUCUAAUGGAAAAACAAGACCCAUGGCCUCCAGCCUGUCCCCCACUUGAGCCCACCAGCCAAGCUGAAAUCGACAUCUUCUUGGAAACUAACAACGUUCGUCACCUCGCCCUGAUCUUUGAGAACGUUAGCUCCUACAUUGGCAGAGAGGUGAUCUUGGACUUGUUGCAAUUUGAGAAUAUUGCAGUGCGGAGAGUCCUGAGCACUGAGGAUGACCUCGUAACCAAAUUGGGGGUGACUGAGUUCCCCUCCUGCUACCUUUAUUAUCCUGGAGGCAACUAUACCAGGCUGAAAGUCAACAUUGAGGCCCGUACUUUCUACUUGUAUGCCCUUCAGGGGCUUCCAGGUGUGGUGCGUUCAGGGAAAUCUGCGCCAGCCACCAGAGACAACACAAGCAAAUCCAUAGAGGAAGUCUGGAGACCUCAUAACAGGUCCAGAGUGUACAUGGCCGACCUAGAGUCGACACUGCAUUACUCGCUUCGGGUGGAGCUAGCUGCUCAUCCUGUCUUCACAGGAGAGGCACUGACUUCUCUCAGGAACUACAUCUCGGUCUUGGCAAAGUACUUCCCAGGCCGCCCCAUACUGAUGAACCUGUUAAAGUCCCUCAGUUUAUGGUUAGACAACCAAACUGGUGACCAAGUUUCAUAUCAAGCGUUCAGUGAGAUCUUGGAAAAUUCUGUACAGGUUCCAGAUGCCGCCUUGCCUGAGGGGGUGAGGUGGGUAAGUUGCCAGGGGUCACAACCCCACCUCAGACGUUACCCAUGUGGCAUGUGGACUCUUUUCCACCUGCUCACAAUACAGGCUAAGAAGUUUGGUGGCUCAGAUCCCAAAGAGGUGCUGAACGCGAUGACUGGCUACAUUAGCAAUUUCUUCGGCUGCAGACCAUGCGCUGAACACUUUGAGAACAUGGCCAAGGAGAGCCUAACAGAGGCCAAAACCUUCACUGACUCCAUCCUGUGGCUUUGGUCCCGACACAAUCGCGUCAACAACAGAAUAGCAGGCGCUUUAAGCGAGGACCCCAAAUUUCCAAAGAUCCAGUGGCCUCCACCUGACUUGUGUGCAGACUGCCACACGGUGAAGGACAACGGGGAGCACAAGUGGAAUACGCAGCAGGUUCUGCUCUUCCUUCAGAAAUACUACUCUGCGGAAGGCAUCCUCACAGACUACCUGGAGGACGAAAGUGAGGUUCUGGCCAAGCAGAAGCUGAAACACGCUAGCUUGCUGCAAACAGAGGCUCAGAAGCGCAUCGAAAGGGAAGCUUUAGAGAAGGCGAACGCUCCCAAUAUUGCUGCUCAGAAGGAAGAGGAGGAAGUGGCAGACGAAGAUGAAGAAGCCGGUAAGGCCCUCGAGCCUGACGGCGAUCGACGACAGAUGAUCCGGCGGCCGAGCAUCGUGGGGAUGAAGCCGCGAGAAGUGCGGGAGGACAUCGUGGACCUGGACUCCGUUGUCAACCGGCACUUCAAGGCCAAAGCUGCGCAAGUGGCCACGUCCAGCCGGGUUAAGCGACGCACCCUGCAGAGGAACCGGGAGGAACGAGACUCCAGGCUGGGUGCGGUGCUCAUUGACCCGAACGUGGCUUCUGACGAACGAGAUUUAUCAGACGACGGCGGGUUGGCCCGGAGAGCCCGCUGGAUGUCCAUGCUAAGCAUCGGCUUCUCUAAAGUAGACGUCAGCUUGUGCGUCAUCCUCUAUUUCAUGUCGUCCACGUGUCUCCUCGCCAUGUACAUCUUCUUUAAAACACGCCUGCGUCUACGGCGGGCCAAAGUGUCACUGCCCUGA